AUACACUUUGAGGCUUGACCCCUUACAAUCUCAUCUUCUCUCAAGCUUGAACCUUCGUCUUCAUUUUUCUUCAAGAAAAUUAUCUUAAUAUUAAUGAAGAUGUUGUUUUCAAAAUCAAGAGGUUUAAAUCAUUUUGUGCAAUGGAGAUCAAAAGAAUGCCGGUACCACUACUACAUGAAAAAAUCUGCAGCUAUUAAUUUCAUACAUAGACGUUUUGAGUCUAUUAAAGCUGGAGAGCAAAUAGAUUUAUACAACGAAGACUUUCAUGAUGGCCUUAAUGAUGAUCAGCAAAUUUUGAAUUUUCCCGGCGGAAGGGUUCCAACUACAACGCAAAUGAAGUUUAUCUCAGAGUCAUCUGAACAGAGGCUACCUUGCUAUCGAGUCCUUGAUGAUGAUGGAUAUUUAAUUUCGGGUUCUAUAUUUGAGCAGGUGAGCAAAGGAUUGGCAGUAAAUAUGUAUUCAACAAUGAUAGCUCUUGAAACAAUGGACACAAUUUUCUAUGAAGCACAAAGGCAAGGGAGGUUAUCUUUCUACCUAACAAGUACCGGAGAAGAAGCUAUUAACAUAGCUUCUGCUGCUGCUCUCACCCCACAAGACAUUGUGUUGCCUCAGUAUAGGGAGCCAGGGGUUCUUUUAUGGCGCGGCUUCACUCUUCAAGAAUUCGCAGAUCAAUUGUUAGGAAAUAAGGCUGAUUAUGGAAAAGGCAGGCAAAUGCCUAUACAUUAUGGUUCCAAUAAGCUUAAUUACUUCACUGUUUCCUCUCCUCUCACUACACAGCUUCCACAGGCCGCUGGUGUGGCAUACUCUCUGAAAAUGGAUAAAAAAGACGCUUGUGUUGUGGUUUAUUUUGGUGACGGUAGCACCAGUGAGGGUGAUUUCCAUGCUGGUUUGAACUUUGCAGCAGUAAUGGAAGCUCCUGUCAUUUUCUUUUGCCGCAACAAUGGAUGGGCCAUUAGCACUCCUGUAACAGAACAAUUUCGAAGUGACGGAAUUGCUAUUAAGGGACAGGCAUAUGGAAUCAGAAGCAUUCGUGUAGAUGGCAAUGAUGCUCUAGCAGUGUACAGUGUUGUGCGUGCUGCUCGUCAAAAGGCAAUAAAGGAGCAAAGGCCAAUAUUAGUUGAGGCCAUGACAUACAGAGUAAGCCAUCAUUCAACAUCUGAUGAUUCAACAAAGUAUCGAUGCGUAAAGGAAAUAGAGCAAUGGAGAACAGGAAAAAGCCCAAUAACCAGAUUCAGAAAAUGGAUUCAGAGAAAUGGCUGGUGGGCUGAUCAAAAUGAAACUGAACUUCGCGGAAACAUCAGAAGACAGGUAGUGGAAGCAAUUCAAGGCGCAGAGAAAGUGGAGAAACCUCCAUUGGCAGACUUAUUUGGUGAUGUUUAUGACAAAAUUCCAUCAAAUUUGCUAGAGCAAGAGAGGUUUAUAAGAGAGAAUAUUAAAAGAUACCCAAAAGAGUAUCCUACUGACGUACCUAUAUAGGCUAUUGUCCCCUGACUUUCGUGCUAUAUUAAGAUGGGGUUAUCUGUAAUGGCUGUGAGCUUUGUGCAUAAGUACCAACUGCAUGCAAUAGAAUUUUUGUAGUAUUCGGCUCAAUUCUUUUAAUAAAAUAUUGGGGCGAGUUUAAUUGCAAUUCAA